ACAAAACAACAACUAGAGGAUAAGAAUAAAGAGAUGGAGAAAACAAAACAACAACUAGAGGAGAAUAAUAAAGAGACAGAGAAGACAAAACAACAACUAGAGGAGAAUAACAUAGAAAUGGAGAAGACAGAGAAAACAAAACAACAACUAGAGGACAAGAACAAAGAGAUGGAGAAGACAAAACAACAA